AUGUUCCUGAAGAUCCAGUGCGGCACCAUGCCCCCGCUGCUGACGCAGCCUUGGCCGGCUCUGCCAAGUCCGAUUGCCAAGGCUCAGAGUCUGGCGCCGGGUUCAGAGCGCAAGCUUUUGUUUGGUGCCCUCGCCAUCGCUGCGGGCACUCGGCGGACGUCCACUCAACGAAGCGCGUUGAAGAAGGUAAGGCUUACAAGUGACUUCGGCCGUGCUGGCUGUGCUUGCAGUCUUGAAGAUUUGGACUUCCGCGUUCGUGCUGUGCCGGGUGAGGUGACCUUUAUCGAUCCCAUCGAUCCCCGACGGGGAGGCCAAAAAGGUCCUCUCCGAGAUGCUGAUAUCCAAGCAGCUUUCAUGCUCGCAGGCCGUUGGGCCAUUGGUCUUGCCAAAGAGGCAGACUGGUCAUUCAACGUCCUGCUGCGAAAAGAGGAAGCCUCCACUUGGCUUUGCCAACUUCAAGAGUUCUCUUGCCGGCCUCCUGCGCACGAGGUGCCCUGGCUCCUGGAGCACUUCCAGUGGAGCCCAGCGAGUCAAAAGAGGGAUGCCGUGCUCCUGGGUGGCCCCGGCAAAGGCGUCAUCAUGUCGAGCGAGACGCUCGGUCACGAGGACAUCCCGUUGUACAUCCGGGACCUACGCCGGAGUCAGCGCCAUACCUUUGUAAUACUGUCGGACAGCAAUGACGAGCUGCGCUGCAUCAUGCAGAACCACUGCGACAACAACCUGUGCGUUUGGAAAGACUCGCGGGAAGUUCGUGUGAAAGUCUGCUCGGUGAGGAACCCUCUCGCCGGACGCGACGACCUUCCCUCCUUCAAACUGCAGAGCUGA